AUGCAUUCAGUUAAGCUUAAUCAUGAUUUCAUGCUAAACAACAUGUGCAUGAACAUUGAAUACAAAGACAAGGCAAUUGUAGGAUAUAGAGAAUUCAAUGACAGCUUCCUUGAAAUCUACAAAAUACAGCUACAGAGUCCGGUACACAUAAGCUAUUCAAGUGAGCUACUAUUGAUUUAUGAACACAGUUACCUGAAAAUAUACGAUAUCGCAGAAUAA